AGGGUUCAUUUCUUUGUACAUACAAAUUAUGAUCAGGGUUCAACUGAGGUUUCUCUACAGAGAUUCCUCGACUUUAAAGUUUAUGAAAUUCUUGUGUUUCAAAAGGAGUUACGUGAUGAGUUUGAACACAUUGGCUCUGAGCUAGAUCAAAUACAAAGAGGGACACACAAGCUUCAUGAGAAUGUAAAACAGCUACCUGAUGAUGGCAGAGAAGCAGAGUUGCUGGGGAAAAUUGCACAACUCAAUUCAAAGCUUCAUGAGUAUAUUAAGGAGGCUCGCACAAGGGAGACCCUAUCAAGUGCAUUAAUUACUGAAGAGGAAAAGUUGAAAGCAAAGCUUGCUGAAAUAGAGGCAGAACAGGCCUCCCAUGAAAAUGUGGUGCUUCAGUUGAAGAAUAAACUGGAUGAGAGCCGUGAAGAAAUGGAACAACUGCAAGAUGAAGUGAAACUCUUUAAAGAUGCUGUGUUUGUGGAAAGAGAGCAAGUAUCACCACUGGGAAACAGAAAUGAUCCUUUGUCAUUCAGUUCAAGAAAAAGUGCAUCCAAAUUACUAUCUGAUGAGGGUUCGAUAAUUGUGAAGAAACCACUCUCCCAGUCUGGACCAGAAUCUUGUGAGACCUGUUGCCAGUUGAAGAGGCAAAAUGAUGAACUACAAAGACAGCUUCUAUUGGCCAAAACUGAAAAAGAUGAAGCACUAAAACUUAAAGAAGAGGUUCUUGAUGUGAAUUACAAGUGGGAUGAACAAUACAAACUUCUGGUUGCAGCCUCAAAGAAAGACAUCAACGAUUUAAAGCAGCAAAUUGAAAUUUUGAGGUCUGGCAAUAACGGACAUUUCACAGGAGCAUUACUAACAGAAAAAAAGGAAUUAGAAGAUCGCUGCAAACAACUGGAAAGUGAGUUGCAAGAGAAACAGCUAGAAAUAAACAGCCUACAGCUUAUGAUGAGGAACAAGCCUACACAUUUGAAUCUAGCACCCCAGCACUCAUCGAUGGAACAACUGCCUUCCCAUCUAUCCCUGCUGGGUGCAGCUGCACCACGCCCAGGUCCACCUUCCGAAGGUUCACCAUCCUGGCCUGGUACAACUGUUCUUGGACAGCAAAUCCCUGCAGAGGUUAUUGAUCAAAUAGAAGUUUUGAAACAACAGCUCAGAGUCUAUGCUGACGAUUUUGCCACUGAAAGAGAAGACCGUGAGAGGAAUCAGACAGAAAAAGAGAAGCUCAAAGAGGAAUUGGAUGCUGUGAAGGAGCAAUUACAAGCACUUGAGCAGCAGCUCCAGAUAUACGAAGAAGACUUCAAAAGAGAGAAGAGGGAGAAAGAAAGCCUUCAGCAACAAUUAAGAGCCAAACAAACUGCAGGUGGUUACUCAUACAAUGAUCCGUUGGCCCAGAAGGCCAGGGCUGUAGCUGAACAGCAGGCCAGGGUCCAGGCCAUCAAAGAGGUACACGACCGAGAAAGGGACAGGCUGUUGAGAGGACAAACCGAGUUACAGCAACAGGUUUAUGAUCAGCCAUACAGUCGUGCUCGAUCCCAGUACAAUCCUUAUGGAAGAUAUGGCCAGGAUUACACAAACCAUGAAUCGAAGCGGCCUCUUUUGGUCCCAAGGGGUACAAUGCAUCCUUCUCAUGGAUUAAUCGCACAUCCUACAAGUCAGCAGGCAACCAGAACUUCCAUUUACCAUGGAGGAGAAGUUUACCCAGACACAGUGCGAGACGUUGUAGAUUCCCCUUUGGAUGGAAACGAUGUCGAAUCAGAUUCAGGUGUUAGCAGCAAGGAGGAGGUGUUUGGACUGGAAGAAUGCCCUCGCUGCUUGAGGAAGUUUGAUGGAGAGGAUAGCGACGCAAUUCUCAAACACAUCGAGAGGUGCAUCUCCUAAGGUGGCUCAACAGUUUGCGGUACUUUUUCAGAUUGUUUCGAUGUAUCAGCACUUUCACCCUGUAUCGGUCUGUGGUAAAACAUUGGUAACGAGCAGAUGUCUGAUCAUUGGGUUGUAUGUCCUCAUCGUCCCGCGUGUUUAAGUGAUAUUUAAUUGUAUAUUACACAAUGAAAACGGCGUUAGUUCUUGCCCUCAGUGAUUGUAAAAUUGUAUUUAGUAAGCUCGGGGUACAAGUCUUUGAUUACAAAAAUGAAGUCGUUAGUUCUUUCCCUCAGUGAUUAUAAAAUGUUAUCAAGUAAGCUGGGGAGUGCAAGUCUUUUGAUUACAAAAAUGAAGUAUUUAGUUCUUUCCCUCAGUGAUUAUUAAAUGUUAUCAAGUAAGCUCGGGAGUACGAGUCUUUGAUUACAAAAAUGACGUGGUUAUUGAAAAACGCAACUUGUUUAGGUCUUGAAAAGUAGAGGUUUAAGUUUAAUCUUACUUUUUUUAACGAGAAAGUGUCGAAGCUAAUGGUGGCUUUGUGAUUGGUAUAAUGAUACGCGGAGAAAGAGACACUUAUUAACCAAUGAUUGGACAUUCGUUUGAUGCUCUUGUUUUAUCAUCGGCCAAUUCAGAGUGGAAGUAAUAGCACAUCGAAUCAUAAGUACUGCGAACUGCUUUGAGCCACCACAUGGAAACGAUGUGGCUCGAUGUUUUUGAGGGGGUGGAGUUAAUUUUGAAUUUAUUCACCAACUCAAUGGAAAGUAGGGCAUAUUGCCCCACAUUCAAUAAUUUUUGUGAUCAUGGUUUACACAGUUACACAUAUUGUCUUUGUUUAAACUUGACGUUGAAUAUCUGUUAUUUCAAUUUUUUUUUGUCGCUAUUCAUAUUUGAGUUGCUUGAUAGAACAUGCACGAUUUUAUAUUUCAUACGAAGUUCAGAUUUUUUGAGGUUUUGUUGGGAGAUUAUAACAUUUGGUGGUGUGUUUUGAGUGA